GCCACGUCUGGAGUCUCAGAGACGAGCUUCUGAAGAGAGCAAAAUAGGAACAGAGGUGGCAAAUCACCGUGCGAAGGCGAACGGACCUUCCUCUUGGCCGCCUCCCUGUUCCCGGCGCAGGUCUCCAGGGCUCUGUUGUUUUCAGCGCUCGGAAAAGCCGGUGCUUCCCAUCCAAGCAAGUAAAUCAGACCAGGGAGUUUUCUGUUCAGCACCUCGGACAGAAGCACGCAGCAAAAAAAUGGCUCCUAUCGCUACCAGCCGAGAAGAAUUUGAUGAAAUUCCCACAGUGGUGGGGAUCUUCAGUGCAUUUGGCCUGGUCUUCACAGUCUCUCUCUUUGCAUGGAUAUGCUGUCAGAGAAAGUCAUCCAAGUCUAACAAGACGCCUCCUUACAAGUUUGUGCAUGUGCUCAAGGGAGUUGAUAUUUACCCUGAAAACCUAAGUAGCAAAAAAAAGUUUGGAGAUGAUGACAAAACUGAAGUGAAAAAUAAGCCAGCUUUGCCAAAGCAUGCAUUGCACCUUGAUCUUGAGAAGAGAGAUCUCAAUGGUAAUUUCCCCAAAAAAGCUGCUGGUCCUUUGGAUCUGGAGAACGUGCCUCCGAAGCUCUCUACGGAAGGAGAAAAAGAGGGUGUUUCCCCUGAGAGCUUAAAGUCCAGCACUUCUCUUACCUCAGAAGAGAAACAAGAGAAGCUGGGCAUCCUCUUCUUCUCUUUAGAGUACAACUUUGAGAAAAAAGCAUUUGUGGUGAAUAUCAAGGAAGCCCGUGGUUUGCCAGCCAUGGAUGAGCAGUCAAUGACCUCUGACCCUUACAUCAAAAUGACGAUCCUCCCAGAGAAAAAGCAUAAAGUCAAAACCAGAGUGCUGAGAAAAACCUUGGACCCAGCCUUUGAUGAGACCUUCACGUUUUAUGGAAUCCCCUACACCCAGAUCCAAGAGUUGACCCUGCAUUUCAUCAUCUUGAGUUUUGACAGGUUUUCAAGAGAUGAUAUUAUCGGGGAAGUCCUAAUUCCGCUCUCAGGAAUUGAAUUGUCUGACGGGAAAACGUUAAUGAACAGAGAGAUCAUCAAGAGAAAUGUUAGGAAGUCUUCAGGAAGAGGCGAGUUACUGAUCUCCCUCUGUUAUCAAUCCACUACAAACACCCUUACUGUGGUUGUCUUAAAAGCCCGACACCUACCUAAAUCGGAUGUUUCUGGACUUUCAGAUCCCUACGUCAAAGUCAACCUGUACCAUGCCAAGAAGAGAAUCUCCAAAAAGAAGACUCACGUGAAGAAAUGCACCCCCAAUGCUGUGUUCAAUGAACUGUUUGUUUUCGAUAUUCCUUGUGAGAGUCUUGAGGAAAUAAGUGUUGAAUUUCUGGUGCUGGAUUCCGAAAGGGGAUCCCGCAAUGAGGUGAUAGGGAGGUUGGUCCUCAGUGCCACAGCAGAAGGAAGCGGAGGGGAGCACUGGAAGGAGAUCUGUGACUAUCCCCGGAGGCAAAUCGCCAAGUGGCACAUGCUCUGUGAUGGUUAGCAUCCUGGUGCUGACUUGGAACUGAAGGCUUUUUCUUAGGCAAGGAGCAAUUUUCUUUCUAUCUGAGAUCAUGAUUGCAAGCUUGUGACAGCAAGCAACCUUUUUUUUUUUUUUUUUUGUUAGAAGUGGAUUGAACUAGUAUAUCAGAGACUAACUGUAAAUGUGUAUCAUGACAAUUUCCCCCCUUUAUUAGAGGAGUUGGAUAAAUUUUCAUAAGAUAUUCAGUUUCCCUUGUGAAUCACUAGUGACAGAAGUGCAAGUAAUCAAACAUUUUAUGACUACUAUUACAGUCUCAAGUCAGAGGUGAGGUUUAGGAGAAAAUCUCACUGGCACCUGUCACUGGAAGUUCAUGUGAUUGUUAGGAUUUAAAUUUGAAAAGCAUGUCUUCUCUUAUGAAAAUUCAUCCAUUUUUUUCCCUGAGGGUAGGGGAAAUCAGUUUUUCUUUAAAUCCAAAGAUGUUAAAGAAAUGUCCUCUAGUUUGCUGUUAUUAAUUAUGUCAUGUGCAAAUGGUUGUCCGGCUUAUGAAAAUACUUGGUCAUUUGUCUUUGAUUUGUAAUUAUUUGCUACGAUUUUUAUCAUCAGAGAAAUAAUGUUGGUUCAUUCCAAAAGGACAGUGAACAAGCUGAAAACUCACUUUAUUAAAGGGCUGAAUUGAGCAUACUGUGGCUGAAAUAUGAUUUUUCUCCCUGCCUAGGUUACAUGUGAGUCAAAUGUAAAAUAGAACCUCAUGUAAGAACCAUGGCCUUUAAGUAUUCACUGCCUGUCACAAGCCUCACAGUGGCCUAAGAAACCCCCAUCACUUUCACAAAGUCGUGGAAUUCAAUUGUGGAUAUAGAAUAAAGUUCAACUAGGAAUCCAGUUAGAAACACAUUUUUUUAAAGAAAUGUGUGCAGUGUCCAAGAAUAUGCUCAAGGAACAGCUUCUGUACCCAGAGAGCAUGGUUACUUAAAUCUACAUUUAAUUUAUUCUCUGCUACAAGUGAUGAAGUCACUAGUUGAAAAAGAAAAGAUGGGGUGAAAAGGACUUUGAAGUGUUGCCAGAUAGAAAGUGUAACUUCAACCAACCAACUAACAAGUUAAGUGAUAAGGCUUACAAGUAGUUCAAUAGCAAGCCUAAUGUAAUUUACAUGAAGUCCACACAAGUUAAGCGUAGGCAGUCAAAUUAGCAGAAAAAAAAGUAUGUGUUUCAUUCACCUUUUUCUAGGCUAAUUUGUCUUAAGCUCUUAUCUGCAGAACAGUUUACAGACUUGUAUCUUGUACCAUUUUGCAGUGUCAGGAUCCUCAAAUUAUUCAAGUCUUAUUAGAGGAAAGCAGAACCCUCUGCUUGUUUGGGAAGCAUCAACUUGAGGAUAAUGCACUGUAUUUGAAUUUUUAGGGAAGUUCAAGUGAAACUCGGGUACAGUUGACUUACUAAAUAUGCAAGUUAGAAAUACAGUCUACUGAAAAUGUACAUUUUUGAGUCAGAUUUUGUGUGAGUACUUUAGCAGAUUUUGAGAAUGUGUUUGAUAUCACAGUGUUUGUAAAAUUGUAUGAAAAUGCAUUUUCCAAACAACUUAUAUAUGCUUUUUAUGAUUAUACCUAAUACAAACAGGUGUCUUUCUUUAUGUCUGUACAAAUAUUGAAAACCAACCUUUUUGUGAUUUAUGGCAAUGUUAGUAAUGAGAAAGACUCUUUUCCAUUCACUGUCUUCAUUAAGAUACCAAGUCACCUCAUACCAUCAUGGUCCACUCAGCAUCUUCAUGAAAGCAACAUGCGAUGACUGGUAGCUAGCAGGUAGUCUGGGAAGUCAGAUGGCCUUCAUAUGUCUGUACAUUUAGCAUUGUGGGCCAUAGAAUACUUUCCAUUUGGAGUUCUGAGGGUUGUGAGGGCUGAGUUUGAAUAUAUUUCAAAGCAGCCAGAAUUUAAUGGUAGUACCAGUAGAAAGAUGACUGUUAGAGGGGGUGAUUUUUUUAAAGUGGAACAACAAAACUAAUCACAAAAUCUUUAAAAAUUACAUAAUUUGUAAAUAGCUUUAAUUUUAAAAUCUGAGCUGUUUUCAGUGUGAACCGUUAAGUAAAACUAUUUGCAAAUGGUUUUAAUGAAAGAAAGAAGCAAAACAGGAAAGGACUAGAAACAGGCAGGUAGAUAUAUGAUCUCAUCUUCUGAAAAUUGUACUGUUCUAUAAUGUAUUACAAUAUCAAUGUGAAUUUCUUGGAAUUCUGUUGCAAUCCUGCACUGUAUUAAACUUGUAAAUUAAUUGUUUGUCUAAAUAGCCAAUUAACCACCCUAAUAGGGAGGUGUCCAUGUUUGAAGAACUGUGUAACUCAGUAACUGAUUUGCUCUGAUGUUUAAUUCAAUAGAAGUGAUUUGGAAGGAAGCAUGGUGUACGAGAUGGUGUCUGUUCCUUUGUGCCAGCUCUAUAUGAUGUUUGUAAGACCAUGUUUGUAAGA